AUGUCCCAUAAAUUCACUGAUGCUAGCAGUAGCUUGCUACAUCCAGAUUCUUCUAGCAGAGGACAUAUACCUCAAGGCCCUGAGACUAAUUCGACAUCGUCAUUCGAGAAUGAGCAACCCGAUGAAGAUUGCGAACCACGACGAUGCAUAGCAAAAUACUACCUGAUGGAGUACUUCAAGGCCCGAGAAUCAUUUGUUGUAAACAACAAUGACGGAGAUUUAAGCGAAACCGCUCUAGAUACUACUGCUAGCAACGAAAGAUUACGUAGACAGAGGACAAAGGACUAUGUCACUCUCAGCCACACGCAAUCUAAUCUCGACAUGUUAGAAUGUACGCUUGACCAAAUGCUACCCAGAGCUUACAAGAGAGCUUUUAAUGGCAGUGCGGGGUUCCUUGUAACCGCAUUCGUUUCGAUAAUGGGAUAUAGCUCUCAUUUCCCACAGAAAUUUUAUAUUGUAGGGUUCAUGUGCUGUGUUGCUGCUGGCUUUCAUGGAGUAUACUGUAAUCUUUACUGGUGGGCUAUAAAACGCUGUCACAAGAAUGUCCAGAAUGUCCAAGAGAGACUUGAAAAUGACACUUUGCGUCAAGAUCACAUCAAUUAUCUUGAAGGGGGACUGUGGUCUCUUUUGCGAAAUUCGAAUCUAUGA